AAGUAGCAUAUAGGUCAUAUUUUUGUAAGGCUUCAUCGAGUAAGGGAUAUGUAUAGAAAUAUACACCAUUGUGUUAGACACGUAUUGAUAGUAAACGUUCUAUUGUUCUAUUGUCAGCGGAACGGCCUGUUUCGUCCGGUCUGUUGUCAACACGCACAGACGAAUUUCUGGACAUUUUACUGAUAAAACGAUGGUUCCUAAAAUAAUUGGUAAUAACUAGUGAUGUACACAUUUAUCAUAGUAAAUACCCGAUUAAUAUUUUGGUAACCCACGGCUUGAAAUGCUCAGAUUUCUGGACACUUGCUCCGUUGUCUGCCAAGACAUAGUCAGUCUGUUAUAGACACUUAUACCUUUACACGCACUUUGCUUUUGCUCUCUCAGUGUUUUCACAGUCCUUUCUCAACAGUAUUUACAACAUGUUUAAUUGCGAUCAGUGCUCGUCGGUGUUCGUGCGUAAAACCAGUUUAAUCACGCAUCAAAAUAACCAUAUGGGUGUACGUUUUCCGUGCACUAUAUGUCCUUCGACAUUCUCCUACAAAACCGCGCUCAACAAACAUACGAAGAAUAUUCAUGGUUUCGUAAACGUUCCGGCUCAUUUGAGACCAAUACCCGCUGCGCCGAUCACCACUCAACCAGCACGACCAAGCGUCAUACAGUUCGCACCUCUUGCCGCUCCGCAGAGAGAUAUUCAAAUCGCGCCGCAAAUAUUUGUACCUGAUGUCCCGGCCGGUGGAUCGAAUGCGGUAUCCGACGACGACGAUAUUAUAUGUAUGAACGCAAUGGACGAAUUUGAGGAUACAGAUUCUUACACCGUAACCGUAAAUGGCAAACGUGUUUCCGCUGCAAACACCGUCUCAGCUGCUAACGCUAAAAAAGUUAGGUUGAAUCUUGUCAAAUCACCAGGGUUCGUAGAAAUUUUGUCGUCUGCAAGCCGUAAAAUCGUGUGGUACUAUACUACAAAUCUGGUUAAUACUAUGAUUUAUUCAGACUUUCUCCAACCACUUAUGCCUGAACUAGUAAAUUUAUUAAAAAAACACGUAGAAAAACACGCAAUAAAAUUUAAUUUGAAGCUCGAGGCGACAUACAACCGGCCCAACGUCCCCAAUUCAUCGGAGAACCGUGCGUUCAAGACCUCGGCAGUUGAGAUUUACCCUGGCAGCGAUAUAAGAACCAUUGUAGAGAGGGCUUAUAUGAAAUUGACGAAGGAGAAAGAUGACUACAUCGGGAGGGGUAGUGGAUUUACAUUGGAGUCGAUCGAUGGGCUGUUGUUGUCCGUGUAUAAAUAUACACCGAUGGGCGGCUCGUCGUAUAUUCAACUACCUGAAUAUAUAGAUAGAAAACGGGGGACCAUCAACCCGCAAAACACGGAUCAGGAGUGCUUCAAGUGGGCGAUUUUGGCGAGGCGUGUGGCCGAAAAUUUAUCCGAUAGAUAUAAAUAUUGUGUCGGAGAAAAUUAUAAAAAGCAUGAGAAAAAUUAUAAUUUUAACGGUAUAUCGUUCCCGACACCACUAUCAGACAUCACUAAAUUUGAAAAAAAUAAUAAUAACGUCUCCAUAAAUGUCUACGGGCUCGACAAAAAAUUCCAGGUGCCCCGUAAGUACCCAACGUACGAAGUGUAUCCGUUACGUGUGGUCGAAGAAGAAAAAAAGGAUCAUUUCGACCUGUUGUUGGUAACGGACGGCGACAACUCGCACUAUGUUUACAUUUCGAAUUUUUCACGGCUCAUACGUACGCAGAAAACGAGACACAAUGGGAGUGUCAUUUUUUGUAAAAGGUGCUUCACCAGCUUUGACAAUCAAAAUUUGAAAUUCAAGUUGAGCGGACAGGAGGCCCUGGACCAACAUAAAUUGAUUUGUGGGGCGCACAAGCCAAUUUUUCCGAAGAUGCCGAAGGAGGGUGAAUGUGUUGAGUUCAGGGCGUGGAAAAACACGGUUAGGCACCCGUUUGUAAUUUACGCGGAUUUCGAGGCGAUCUUGGAGAAGGCGGAGGAGGUGAGAGGGGAUAGUACCACGAUUAUUCAAAAACACGAAGCGAUGAGCUAUGGGUUUUUGGUGAAGGCGAGCGAGGACGUGCCGGCGGAUUUAUUGGUUCAACACGAGAUACCGGCGGGUCCGGUAAUCUACAGAGGCAGCGAAGACAGGACGGACGUGGCGAGACAUUUCAUGGAGUCGAUCAAACUGAUAGGAAAAAUAGUUCGGGUAAAGCAAUGUCAUAUUUCGAUCAUUGUAAAAUUAAAAACUUAAAGGUUUAUUUAAACUCUGAAGUAUUUCCCUACGAAGAUUUUCAAAACGACUUUACCAAAAAUAAGAUGGCGACAUUAUAUCGCGCGUAUGCAGAGUUCCAAAAAUCUUACUACGGCCAUGAUGAUGUGACACCUCUAUUGAACCGAUCAGAAUUCAAAAAUCACUCUCCAAUCAUAGUUGUUGACAUGAGCCGACAGAACGACAACGUGAAAAUGUCGACAGUGGACCUCAGAAUUGAACUAGAAGCUUAUGAGGCGUUUCCAGCUUCCACUUCCGCAUAUUGUUUAAUAUUACAU